GUAGACAACCAGCAUUUAUUGGAGCACCGGACUCUACAGCGCAUGUAGUCCUAUCUACAGACAAUUUUUUAAACAUAAAAUAAGAGGGUCAAAUUUUUAGUAAAAAUUUAUAAAUAAAUAUGAAAUCAGAUAAGAGUACUGCACAAAUUGAGGAAAGUAACGAAAAAAUUCGUACUUUAACAAGUGAGACGAAUGAUGAAGCGGAUAUCACGAAAGUCUGUGUGAAUCAUAUAAGGACGUCAUCUUACCAUAUUCCGCACAGUAAGCCGCGGGUGGUGUUAAUCAAUCUUCCAAGAGUGACGUAUAUUGGAUCAAAACACGAGAAUUUUUUCGUUUUUGAAGCGUCGAGAAAGCUAUUAUGUUGCAUUGUAACAGCUUUAAAAGAAAAGAAAAAAUGCGAAAAGAUUCUUAUUGGUUUAUCAGGUGGCUCAACACCCAAAAAAAUAUUUUCUGUCCUAUCAUCCUUGUGCUGCGAAACUGCUGGUAACAUUUUAACAUCACCAAGAAAAGGGAAAAGAGAAGAUUCCUGUGCUUUGAUUUCGGACAAUGUGGAUGUUGGAUCUACUGUUGAAUGGGACCGCGUUAUUUUUUUUUUAGUAGACGAGCGUUAUGUUUCAUGUGGUCACGAAGAUUCUAAUCAAAAAAUGAUUCGAACCACUCUACUUUCUAGUAAUAUGAUUAAAGUUCCCGAAGAAAAUCUUAUUUUUCCUAAUACAUCAUUACCUAUCGAAGAAUGCGUCCAAGAUUAUAAUAAACGUCUUUCAGAUGUGAUAGCAACCUUUGGAAAUCCUUAUGCUAUUACCUUGGGUCUAGGAGAUGAUGGACAUCUCGCUAGUUGGUUUCCACCCUUAAGUAAAGAAGAUAUUAGACAAGCAUAUAGUAAACAAUCUUUGGUGUUUCAUGUUAAACAAAAUCGGUUUGCUGUAAAAGAUCGUAUCACUAUAUCACUACAACUUAUAUGUAAUUCUUACCAAAAAUUUUUUUUUCUUUAUGGUCAAAAUAAGGUCGACAAAUGGAACCAGCUAAUUAACCUACUACCACAAAAUUCAGAGCAACAUAGUGAAUCAUCUGUGCUACAAGAAGAGCCACUUCUACAGGUGAUUCAAUCUCCUUGGGUUUCAGUUAUAAGCUGCCCGCCUGUCCAUCCAGGUUUUUUAUCAUUGGAAACAAAACAUGAACAUAACUACCACUUGACUAUUGUUGUUUUUGGUGCCUCUGGUGAUUUAGCGACACGGAAAGUAAUACCUGCACUUUUUUCUUUAUAUUGCGAUGGUUACUUGCCCGAAAAUUUCUCAGUCAUAGGUUAUGCUAGAUCCCAACUGUGUCAAGAAGAAUUAUGGAAAAAAUUAGAACCUCAUUUGUUGCAUAUAGAUACUUUCUUUAAAGAAGCACCUAGAUAUCAAGAAGCAGCACUAAGAAAUCCUUGUUUUGGAUUUUUAAACUAUUUCAAGUCAAGACUUUAUUAUAUUUCAGGCCAGUACGACAAUGACAAAGACUUUGUGAGGCUUCGCCAUACUAUAAAAUAUGUGGAGGAUUGUCACACUUGUCAGCGUAACGGAGCCUCAGAGACUAUGAACGACGUUUUAUCGGAAGACGCACGUAUCGACUCCAAUUUACAGUACAAUCGUUUGUUUUAUUUAGCUCUUCCCCCACAAUCUUUUCUUGAUGUCAUUUCAAACACGCAUAAAAACUGUUGGUCAACAACAGGAUGGAAUAGAGUAGUUCUUGAAAAGCCGUUUGGGCGUGAUUUGCCUACAGCGGAAAAAUUAGCAAAACGUUUGUUAAAUUAUCUAUUAGAAGAAGAGACGUAUCGAAUGGACCAUUAUUUAGGAAAAGAAAUGGUUCAAAACCUUUAUGUUUUUAAUUUCGCUAAUAAUCUAUUCUUACCACUAAUGUCGUCCACCUAUGUUUCCGCAGUACGAAUAACUUUUAAGGAGACACUCGGCGUGGAGAAACGAGGGGGAUAUUUUGAUACUUAUGGUAUUAUUCGCGAUAUUCUUCAAAAUCAUUUAUUACAACUUCUUACUAUACUUGGAAUGGAAACACCGGUCUCGUUGAGUGACACGGAUAUUCGCAACGAGAAAGUUAAAGUGUUGCGACGCAUUGCACCUUUAGAAAUGCAAAAUCUCGUUAUCGGACAAUAUACGCAAUCACAAGACGGGUCGAUACCUGGUUAUUUAGAUGACUCCACUGUUCCUAAGGAUUCUUUGUGCCCUACAUUCUGUACUGCCGUUCUUUACAUUAAUAAUCAACGGUGGGAGGGUGUACCAUUUAUUUUGAAAGCAGGAAAGGCUUUAGAACAACGGUUAGCUGAAAUUCGAAUACAACUGCGACCUGUCGCGGGUAACAUUUUCGGAUCAAAUUGCCCUCCGAAUGAAAUUGUUAUCCAAGUACAACCGUCGGAAAAAUUGUAUAUGAGGAUUCUUUCUAAAAAACCCGGCCUUGAUGAUUCGUUGGAGCAAAUUGAUCUCGAUUUCACGCUAUCUUCUCGUUUUGAUUCAGACCGAAUCCCUGAUGCUUACGAAAAACUUAUUCUGGAUGUUAUUAAAGGAGACCAACAAAAUUUUGUUCGUACGGAUGAAUUGUUGGAAUCAUGGAGAAUUUUAACACCUUGUUUACAUUAUCUUGAACAGAAAAAGAUUCGUCCGAUACCUUAUCCAGCACGAUCUCGUGGACCGCAAGAAGCGUAUAAUCUUAUAGUGAAAAAAGGAUAUAAGCCUGCCAAACACUUUAGUUACUCACAUAAUUCAUCUCUUUAAUCGUUUCAAGAACAAGCAAUGUUUUCUAUUUUAUAGUUUAAAAAAAAAGUACAGCAUCCUGUCAGAUAAACCUUUAUUCUUUUCUAUUGAUAAAAAAGCUAAACUGUUCUUAAAAAUAAAUUAUUCAUUCAAUAUAUUAAACUAAAAAAAACGUUUUUUAUUGUUGGACGUGUACUACCUCACCUUUAUCACUAAACGUUAUAUAUUAAUGAUAUAAAGAUUAAAUUAAACUCGAACAUUCCAUCGAAAAAUCUUCAUGUUUAAAUGCCUUAUUUAGUAUUGUUCUU